ACAAUCUCCACUGCCGCUUCGCACCUCCCUUUCCUUCACACUCACUGUAGUGUCGCCUGGGCAUGACGUCACUGAACAUACGUAACAUCCUCUGGUCUUCUACGCUUAGCCGUAUAAACAGUGCGGGAAGUUUCAGUGUUUGUGUUCCCUCGGAUACAGACUUGGGCGGGGGGAGAGCAGACGGAAAAUUCGCACGGGAAAAAGGCGCAAGGUGAUCGCUUCCUGUUUUCAAUUCUUGUUACCAUGGAUACAGAGCAAAGCAUGGAGGGACAGACACAGGUUUCUGAAAACCCUCAUUCUGAAUAUGGGCUCACAGAGAAUGUUGAGAGAAUAGUCGAAAAUGAGAAGACCAGUACUGAAAAAAUAUCCAAACAGAAGGUUGAUCUGCAGGGUUUGCCCACAAGAGCGUAUCUUGACCAAACAGUAGUUCCUAUACUUUUACAAGGCCUUGCAGUGCUUGCAAAGGAAAGACCACCAAACCCAAUAGAAUUCCUUGCAGCUUAUCUCUUAAAGAACAAGACACAGUUUGAGGAACGAAGCUAGAAUGCAUCUCCCUGCUCUACUUUACUCAAAGAUUGAUUACUAAAAGACUUUACUGAAGAGAUUGCAUUUUGUCUAAGUAAGACUUAACUCAAAUUUAGCCGUUCAUGUUCCCAGCAAAGGUGGAAAUCUAGGCUGUGACUCUGGGGUAGAAAAAUCAGACAAAGGAAAGAGGCUUAUUUCUUGCAAAUAAUUAGAAUUGUUUUGAGAUUUUUUUUUUAAAUAAAAAUGUGACUGCUGA